GUCGAAACAGGUGGUGCAUAUGUUUCUGAUACUAAACAGGAGAUUGUUUUACACAUCUAAGCACGUCUGUUUUGAGGGGUGCUGCCGCUAAUUUUUGUGUUCCAGCCAACAAGAAGUAUCUGGUACCAGCCCUGACUCAUCGAGAUGGAUGGAGCCGCAACAGUUAUCUUGUUCAGCUUAGCAAUGCUGAUUGGCUGCUACCUGGCAGGACUCAUUCCUUUAGUUGUGACUCUAUCAGAGUCUAAGCUGCAGUAUGUAACAGUCAUGGGAGCAGGCCUGUUGGUGGGCACAGCUCUGGCAGUAAUCAUCCCUGAGGGAGUCAACACCAUCAUACAGACCCAUUCCAAAGCGUUGGCGGCGCCGACGGAGGGGCCGGCCGGGCACGGUUCCGGAGCUCACAGCGGGCCGGAGCUGCACUCGAUGGUCGGCCUGGCGCUGGUGGCCGGCUUCGUGCUGAUGCUGGUGGUGGACCAGUUCACGCACCACCACAGCAGUGAACAGGUCACUGACCCUGAAGGUCACGUGGUGCACCGGGCCGGCCAGAACGUGACGGCCACGGUGGGCCUGGUGGUUCACGCGGCCGCCGAUGGUGUCGCCCUGGGCGCCGCCGUCGCCUCCUCCCGCACCGACGUGGAGCUGAUCGUCUUCGUGGCCAUCAUGCUGCACAAGGCGCCGGCCGCCUUCGGCCUGGUCACGUUCCUGCUGCACGAGGGGCUGGAGCGGACGCGCGUGCGGCGCCACCUGCUGGUGUUCUCGGUGGCGGCGCCGCUGAUGGCGCUCGUCACGUUCUUCAGCAUCGGGAAGGGCGGCGGCGAGGCGCUGGCCGGCACGAGCGCCACGGGCCUGUGCCUGCUCUUCAGCGCCGGCACGUUCCUCUACGUGUCGACGGUGCACGUGCUGCCGGAGGUGAUCUCACGCGGCGACCAGAAGCACUUCUCCGUCUCGGAGCUGCUGUGCAUGAUCGCCGGCUGCCUUAUGCCAGUGCUGCUGUCGCUGAACCACCACCACUAGCGCCGCCUGCCGGCGCGGACGCUGACUGACCGCGGCGCCGGCGCCGGGGCGGACACG